UUCUUCUCGGUCGCGAAAGAGACAACGAACUUGGAGGGGGAAGCAGCAGUACUCUUAUCGACAACAUUUGUAUUCUAUUUCUUGACACAACAGAAGCUGUAGUUAUCAUCGGAGUCUAGCCCGACUGCGGACUUCGCCGUAGUGAGAGAGACGCACAAAAAACCCAUGAGCGAAUCUUUGGUGAUCGACGGCAGCGACUCGAGGUUUCAAUCUCACCACGAGCAGCCAGCGCUCACGAACGAGACUGAUGGCGUAAUCGAUGGGACCCAGAUGGCAAAUGAGUCCGAUCGCAACCAACAGGCGGCGGCCGAUUCCGGUGAGCUAUCAGGAGAUCGCCCGCAUCAGAUGUCAUUCGAUAAAGCAAGUGGCUUUGUGAAAGAUAUGAACAAUUUGGUCGAGAUGUUGUCCAAAUUGAAUCCCAUGGCUCAAGAGUUCGUACCUCCUUCUCUGGCCGCCAACAACCAUGGUGUUGAUCGGAUCGGAUAUACUCGCAACUUUGGGAUGUUUGGUAAUUUCUUUGAUGGCAAUGGGGAUUCUGAGAAAAGGGGUAAGCCUAAUUUUAACCAAGGAAGGAGAAGAACCAACGGUAGGAGGAAUAUGGCUCAGCGGGAAGAUGUAAUUAAGAGGACUGUUUAUGUGGCUGACAUUGACCAACAGGUUACUGAAGAGCAGCUUGCGGGUCUGUUUAUUCAUUGCGGACAGGUUGUUGAUUGUCGUAUAUGUGGUGAUCCUAAUUCUGUUCUUCGAUUUGCGUUCGUCGAAUUUACUGAUGAAGAAGGUGCAAUUGCUGCUUUGAGUUUGUCUGGGACUGUGCUUGGGUAUUACCCGUUAAAAGUGCUGCCUUCCAAAACUGCUAUUGCACCUGUUAACCCAACAUUUUUGCCCAGGUCUGAAGAUGAACGUGAGAUGUGUGCUAGGACUGUGUACUGUACAAAUAUAGACAAGAAGGUAACAUGAGAAGCUACCCGACAGUUUUAAUUCCUUCAAAGGCUAUUAAAACAUUGUGUCAUGGUUUUCUGUUUUCCUUCAAAUGCAGGUUAACCUAGGAGAUGUGAGACUAUUCUUUGAGUCCUCGUGUGGAGAGGUUCGGCGCUUGAGGCUUCUGGGAGACUAUCGUCAUUCAACCCGUAUUGCUUUCGUGGAAUUUGCUGUGGCUGAGAGUGCAAUCGCUGCGCUCAACUGCAGCGGUGCAAUCCUGGGAUCCUUGCCCAUAAGGGUUAGCCCAUCGAAGACACCAGUUCGUGCUCGCAUGACCCGAGCACCGUUCGCCUGAGAGAAUCAUCCUCCGGUAUGCAAAGCUCAAAUGCUUGUGCAAAGCGCGGCCAACUUGUUGCUAGAAGUAUUUAUAUUUCAUAGUAUGUAGAAGCUGAAACUGGUCUGGGUAGUUGCUUUCUCAAUCAUCCUUCAUUUUAUCAGCUGCAUUGCUAGCUGCUAUCUUUUGACACCACGAGAGGUGGGAGGGAAUGGAUUGUUUAUGCGUGUCGGGAUGCUUUGGUCAUUGAGUUGAAUGGGAUUUUGAGGAUGUGAAUAACUUUGGUUUAAUGGAGAUUGUGGGGAUAACUUACAGCAAGCGGUCCAACCUCCGGCAUAGACAUGUGCCACCCUCUGCUGAUUGAAAUACUAUUCCUUCAUUUUACAGUCAUGCAAAC